GGAACUGGGAGGAACUGGGCUGAACUGGGAGGGACUGGAAUUAACUGGGAGGGACUGGGAAAGGCACGGGGCUGAACUGGGCUGAACUGGUCUGAACUGGGAUUUAAAGGCCGCAGCUCCUUCCUCCCCCUCCUCCUCCUCCCGAUGGAGCGGCUGCUGCCGCUGCUGCUGCUGGCCACUGCGGCCGCGGGGGCGGACGAGAACCGCAUCGUGGGCGGGGCCAGGUGCGAGCGGCGGCGCCACCCGUACCAGGUGCUGCUGCUGCAGCCAGGGGGCGCCAUCCACUGCGGGGGGGUCCUGAUCGGCCGCAGCUGGGUCCUGACAGCGGCACACUGCCACAGCGACAGCCCCCUGCGGGUCCUGCUGGGCGAGCACAACCUGAAGGAGCGCGAGGGGGCGGAGCAAUGCCUCACCUGGGCGCGCGCCUUCGUGCACCCGCGCUACCAGCCCGGCCGCCAUGACAGUGACGUCAUGCUGCUGCGCCUGCGCAGCCCCGCCCACCUGAGCCCCAGCGUGCGGCCCGUGGCGCUGCCCCGCAGGUGUCCCCAGGUAGGGGACAGGUGCGUGGUGUCCGGGUGGGGCAGCACCCGCAGCCCGCAAGGUGCGUUCCCGGACGUGCUGCAGUGUGGGGAGGUGUUCACCUGGUCCAACGCCGACUGCGCUCACCUGUACCCAGGUGCCAUCACUCCCAACAUGCUUUGCGCCGGCGGCCGCGCCGGUGACAGCACCGACUCCUGCCAGGGUGACUCCGGGGGCCCGCUGGUGUGCGAGGGGUACCUGCAGGGCGUGGUCUCCUGGGGGCUGCAGGUGUGCGGCCAGCAGGGCAAGCCAGGUGUGUACAGCCGGGUGUGCGCCUUCACCACCUGGAUCCGCCGCACCAUCCGCGCCAACGGCGGAGACUGAGACACCUGGGCGCACCUGAGACACCUGGGGGGCACCUGGAGAGCACCUGGGGGGCACCUGGAUGCACCUGGGGGGCUCCUUGACCUGUCCUGUAACACCUGGGAGGCUGCUUGGCCUCAUCUGUGACACCUGGGAGGCUCCUUGUGACACCUGGGGCUCACCUGGAGCACCUGGGGGGUACCUGAGGGGCUCCCUGACCUCACCUGUAACACCUGAAUGGCUCCUUUUAA